AUGGACUUUGAGAAAGCCAGAGCUGAACGGAAGUUACAAUUGCAAGAAUUAGAGAAUAUUCGCCUAGAAGCUUAUGAAAACUCCAGGCUGUAUAAAGAGAAGGUGAAAGCUGUGCAUGAUAAGAACAUCAAGAGAAGAGAGUUCCAACCCGGGGACUUAGUCCUCCUUUACAACUCCAAAAUGCGGCUCAUGCCAGGCAAACUGAGAUCCAGAUGGGACGGUCCCUAUCGAGUAGAGAAGGCGGAGCCAUAUGAAGUCUUUCACUUGAGCCAUUCUUCAAGCUCUGAACUUAUAAAGGUUAAUGGACAUCGCUUGAAGUUAUUUCAUGGUGAAAAGAUGGCAAAAAACAUGGAGCUAGAGAUCUUCCUCUUGUAA